CCAGACGCUCCCCAGGGGCCCUCCCGGCUCCAAAGUUCUGUAAUUGUGCAUUUCUUUUGAAGGGGGAAUAUGCAUGUGUGUGUGGCCUGAUUACGUGCCGUGGUGGAAAUUCUCCCUAUUAAUGCUAAUACAGGAAAGCUGAUAACACGCCAGGAGAGAAGGUCAAAAGUUGGUGUAGCCGUAUAAAAAUAACACUAAUUGUGGUCCUGUGGGGUCAUGGUCAGAACGUCUGUGUGCUCGGUCUCCAUCCUCCCCACCAGGUGCCGAGCCCGACUUCGCACGCUGCACGGGAAGGCGCCUUCUGACUUAAAGAGCCACCGCCCCUCCGGCUGCCUCAGCCACCGCCCAGAGGCCUAGCGGAGGAAGCUGACCUUUCCUUACGAGGAGGAACGGCAGACAGGGCGUGUCACUGUGGGUUCUGAGGCUCUAGAUGCCACCGGAAGCUGAAAGGUUUCGAGGGUCCUGAAGCACCAACCUUGUUAGGGAAGCAGCGCCCGGGUGAUCCCGUGGGGACACGGACCUCCUCGGGACGCCGCAGGGCAUGGCGCAGGUGGACGGGGUGGCGCCGGGCCAGCCCUCCGUGUUCAAGCUGGUCCUCCUGGGAGGCGGCUCUGUGGGCAAGUCCAGCCUGGCUCUCCGGUUCGCGAAGGGCGACUUCAAGAGUAUCCUGCCGACCGUGGGAUGCGCUUUCUUCACAAAGCUGGUGGACGUGGGUGCUGCGUCUGUGAAGCUAGAGAUCUGGGACACGGCCGGCCAGGAGAAGUACCACAGCGUCUGCCACCUCUACUUCAGGGGCGCCGACGCUGCACUUCUGGUUUAUGACAUCUCCAGCAAGGACUCCUUCUGCAAGGCUCAGCAGUGGCUGAGGGACCUGGAGAAGGAGCUCCCUCUGGGAGAUGUGGUGGUCAUGCUGGUCGGCAACAAGACGGACCUCGAGGAGGAGCGUGAGGUCAGCGUCGAGGAAGGGGCGGAGUUCGCCGCGAGCCAGUGCCUGCUGUUCAUGGAAACCUCAGCCAGACUGAACCACCAGGUGACCGAGGCCUUCCAUGCAGUUGCGCAGGAGCUGGUGCGCAGGGCGGAGGAGAAGGCGGAGAAGCAGACGCCGCGGGGACGCGCACAGCUGGCGGCGAACCAGGCGCCCGGCGCGGCCAGGUGCUGCGGCCACUAGGAGCGGCCUCGGUGGGAGGGGCCGCGGGAGGGGCCCCCAGGCCCGGGCCAGGCUGUCCUCAGGGAGCCGCUGCCGGCUCUAUGUGCACAGUGGCACUCGAUUCUGACUCUCCAUGGGCGCCGGUUUGUUCCUGAGUCCUAGAAGUGGCUGGAGCUGGCACCCCUCGGAACUGGCGGGGUCGUGCAGGACAGCGCUGGUAUCAGAUGGCUCCCGGGGUGUCAGAUCCGCCUCCCAAUACCCCGACACCCCGACACAGACCGAAUCCCAAAUGGCCAGACCAGGCGCGCCCGCCCCUGCCAGGCUGGUUGUGCCCUCUGCUGCCUCCCGACGCAGAGGAAUGAAACAGGUCGGGGGUCAGGUCGGGAAUACAGGGCUCGGACCACGUGGUGGGUGGACGGCGGCCUCACGCGGGGCGCUGCACAAGACCCCGCCUGUGCCUGGGACUGGGCGGGGACCGAGCAGGCCUGGAUGGAGGUGACCAGCGACAGUCACGGGGCCGGGGACAUCUUCAGUGGGGCUCGGGGCAGUUGUCCUUGGGGAGAGGUGUCUGCCAGAGGGCUGGGGGGCUCUCCUGGCUGUGCACUUGACAAUGACAUGCUUGUGCCCGGUGAGCGUGAGGACUCAGCCCUUUAGCCUGAGGUAUAGACUGUACCACUUACGUGUUUUUCUCCAAAAAUUAAACU